UGGAGGCAGGAUGCUGCUGCUGCUGCUGUAGAGCAGCGCGAGAGCCGGGGCGCUGAUUCCUCAGUGUUAAUACAACACAGAGACUCAGCACAGCUCCUUCAGCUAAAACACAGACUAACCCUGUGUUCUACAGUCUAUCCGCCGCGGUCUGGAGCUAUCACUGAGGACUGACUGAGAGAAUAAGAGAUAAAAGUAAAUUACACCAGGAGAACUGCUGUAACUAACCGCUGCUGCUGCUGCUGUUGUACUGAACUGAACCUCACAGGAUCUACUUGUGGACACUUAUUUUGCACUUUUUGGCCAAACUGUUUUGGUGAAGUAAAGAGCUGGAGAUCAAGACACCCUUAAACAAAUGCGAGAUCUCCACCAGAAAUCAUCAUGACGUUUGAGGACUCUCACUGGCCCCCGAAGCUCCGCUCACAGACGCCACCUGCUGUUUGAACCUGGUGAAAAAGCGCCGUCAGAAUGGACAGCGAACUGGAGGAGGGGAUGAACUUUGUGAUUGUGACCCACUACAACCACUCGGGCAAGUGGGGUCGCCCCCGGAGCGGUAAUACCUGUAAGACAGCUGUGCUGCUGCUCAUCUGUGUGCUGAUUGUACUGGAAAAUGCCACGGUGUUGCUGGCACUGCGGCGCAACAAGCGCUUCCACAGCCGCAUGUACCUGCUCAUCGGCAACCUGGCGCUGUCUGACCUGCUGGCGGGCGUGGCCUACGUGGUGAACAUCUUCACAUCAGGCCGGCGCACCUUCUUUCUUACCCCAGCGCAGUGGCUGUUGCGCGAGGGCAGCAUGUUCGUAGCACUGAGCGCAUCCACCUUCAGCCUUCUGGCUAUAGGAGUGGAGCGGCACAUGACGAUGGUGCGUUUGAGGCCGUGUGAGGCGGCUGCUGGAGGGCGUGGACGGUUGCUGGCACUGUUGGCCGCCUGCUGGGCCGUCUCUCUGCUGCUCAGCGCCCUGCCCAGCCUGGGCUGGAACUGCCUGGACCAGCUACACACCUGUUCCACUGUGCUGCCGCUCUACGCCAAGAGCUACGUGGCCUUCUGCACCAGCGUGUUCAGUGCCCUGCUGGCAGCAGUGGUGGCACUAUAUGUGCGCAUUUACAGGCUAGUGACUUCCAGUGGGCGGAGGGUGGGCUCGCGGCCCUCAGAGCGUUCACUGGCUCUGCUGCGGACUGUGGUGAUCGUGCUGGGCGUGUUUGUGGCCUGCUGGGCGCCGCUCUUCCUGCUGCUCCUGCUGGACGUGGGCUGCGGGCCUGAGCGAUGCCCUGUGCUCUACCAGGUGGACUGGUUUAUAGCUCUGGCUGUGCUCAACUCUGCCCUCAACCCACUGAUCUACACCCUUUCCAGCCGUGAGAUGCGUGUGGCCUUCUUCCGCUUGCUGUGCUGCUGCUGCUGCCGGACACAGCUGGAUUCUGUUCCAGCCACGACCAGGCCAGCAAUUCCAGGCACAGGCAUUCCCACGGCUGAGAACAGCAAAUCCAGUAUAGGAGGAACAGGUAGCGGAGCGGUCAGGUCAACAUUAAUGAAGAGCAAAGUCCCCACCCCAGCUAACUCCCACCACCAGCACGGGGACUCUUCCACACCCGCAGUCACGCACACGUCUGGACCAGCAGAUCUUCUGUCUGCAGUGCUGGUCAAAGCAGGUGCUCUGCCUUCACUAAGCAAGUUCUGAAACUCUGGAUUAAUGGAUAUUAAGAGUGCAAAUCUGACUUGGGGAAUGACUUAUUGCUUCGCAAAGAUUCAGAUUUCACCAAGUUUUGAUAUACUGGGCACACAGUAAAGAAUUUCAGACAAUAAAAAAACAAAAAGAAAAACAAUACAGCAUAUGUUUUAAAUGAACUUUCACUACAGAUGGCACGAUACCACUUUUUCUUGUUCAUUACUGAUACUGACACCAGUAUUGAAAUCUUGAAUAUUAGUUAACACCAAUAUUAAUUCUCUUCAUUGUUGUAGGGAUGCACCUAAAUGAACAUUUUUGGACCGACACCAUAAAGGAAAGACUUUCAGCAGUGCUAUUCUAAUCAUGAAUUCAUUUCAGCAGUGCUACAGUAUUCUACUCGCACACUCAUUACCUUAUACCUUAGCAGUGCAAUUUGCCAUAAAUGUUUCUCAGUCAUGCUUUUUUUUCUAAUCAUACAUUUUAUUUAAGUAGUCCAAUUUUGGUCCUAAAUGUACCUCAGUACAGCUACACAAGUCAUAUGUAAGUGAAAUGAAAUUUACACAGAGAAAGGCAUCCAGCUUAACCCUAACUAUUCUAGGCCUGUAUCCACAGCUCAUACAUUAUAGCUGGAAAACAGACAGUUUGUCAAGAGAUAGUAAAGUGAUAUCAAGCGUGAUGAGUGAUGCUGAAUGCUUUAUUUAUGUAUUUACAUUAAAUUUAUGCAAGUAAAGCAUAAAAAUAUACUCUGUUCCACAGGAGAGUGAAAUGAAAGCCUAAUGCGACUGCUGGAAAUAAAAUCUUAAUGUUAAAGGAAACACUGCAAUAUGAGUUAAAAUAUUUAGCUGUAAAUGGCAAUAAGUAAAAUUUGGUGCAGAUUAUACAUAUUAAUAUCUGUAUAAUCUGCACCAAAUUUUACUUAUUGCCAUUUACAGCCAAAUAUUUUUAUUUGGCUAUGUAUACACGGUGCAUCCCUUAAUUAAAAAAAAAAUCUACCAAGUUAAAAACAAGCUAUUUAUACUUGUAUCACUUCACUUUAGACACGCAUCUAAAAAUCGCCUUUUCUGCUCAAACUACUCAAAUAGAGAAAUACACACAGUCUCAAACUACAUAUAUUUCAAUAAAAGGCAAAUUUGUCUUUGUAUUAAUUGCACUUGUAAUAUUACGCCUAUGGGUGAACUCAUUAGGAUGAAGCUGCUGAAAAAAGAAUGUGGACAGAAUCCACAGAUUUGCUUCUAGUGAGGAUAGAGCCACUGUGUCUAACACAACAUACAAAGGGCUAAACAGACAGACAGAGACUCUAACAGUACAGAGAGUACAGAAGUGUGAUACACAAUACAUUGCCUUAAAAUAGAUACAGAAUGUUUGGUCUAAAUAUAUCGUAUGCACAAUAAUACUCAUAUGAUUUGUGUGAGUGAAACACUAUUUGCAUGUUUUUUAGCAAUACAGUUUUCUUGGUGAGGUCAAAUAUGUACUUUUAGUACAUGAAAUUGAGCCACUAUAAUAUAUAUAUAUAUAUCUGCUCGAUGAGAGUUUGCUGUACAGUUGUAUUUAUGACUACAGUUCAGUUUUAUAAUAACACCAUUUGUAUUGUUCAUGGACAGUAAUGCCUUAACAUUAUUAUUAUGUAUGAUAUAUGCCUUAAACGUAUGACUUUUUGCUGUUUUUUAUUUGUUUUUUCUUUUCUAGACAAAAACCUAAUUUAUAGUUUGCUGUCAGUAGCUCAUAUAAUACCUGGUGAGGUUGGAUUGGUCUUGAUAAAGAAUGAUGACUCUUGAGUGAUGAUUAAACUUGGAUGGUUUAAUUUUAUUCUA